CCACAGCACCACCAUGUCUGUUCGGUACACCUCAAAGCAAUACUCUUCCUCCCGCAGUGGAGGUGGAGGUGGUGGCGGGUCAGCCCACAGAAUCUCAAGCAGCAAAGGAUCCCUCGGUGGAGGGUUUAGCUCAGGAGGGUUCAGCAGUAGUUCUUUCAGCCGUGGGAGCUCUAGUGGAGGCUGCUUUGGGGGUUCCUCAGGUGGCUACGGAGGAUUAGGAGGAGGCUAUGGUGGAGGUAGCUUUGGUGGAGGUGGCUAUGGAGGUGGCAGCUUUGGUGGGGGCUAUGGAGGAGGCAGCUACGGUGGUGGCAGCUUUGGUGGUGGCAGCUUCGGUGGUGGCAGCUUCGGUGGAGGUGGCUAUGGAGGAGGCUUUGGUGGUGGACUUGGUGGCGAUGGUGGCCUUCUCUCUGGAAAUGAAAAAGUAACCAUGCAGAAUCUGAAUGACCGCCUGGCUUCCUACUUGGACAAAGUCCGGGCUCUGGAAGAAUCCAACUAUGAGCUGGAAGGUAAAAUCAAGGAGUGGUAUGAAAAGCACAGUAACACAAGCCGAGGAGAGCGUCGGGACUACAGCAAAUACUAUGACACCAUUGAUGACCUAAAAAACCAGAUCCUCAGUCUAACAACUGACAAUGCCAAUAUCCUGCUCCAGAUUGACAAUGCCAGACUGGCAGCUGAUGACUUCAGGCUGAAGUACGAGAACGAGGUGGCCCUGCGCCAGAGCGUGGAGGCUGACAUCAACGGGCUGCGCAGGGUGCUGGACGAGCUGACCCUCAACAAGUCUGACCUGGAGAUGCAGAUUGAGAGCCUCAGUGAAGAGCUGCAGUACCUGAAGAAGAACCAUGAAGAGGAAAUGAAAGACCUUCAGAAUGUGUCCACUGGCGAUGUGAACGUGGAAAUGAACGCUGCCCCAGGUGUCGAUCUGACUGAGCUCCUAAAUAACAUGAGAAGCCAGUACGAACAACUUGCCGAUAAAAAUCGUAAGGAUGCUGAAGCCUGGUUCAAUGAGAAGAGCAAGGAACUUACUACAGAAAUUGAUAGCAACAUUGAACAAAUGUCCAGCCAUAAAACUGAAAUUACUGAAUUAAGACGCACCGUUCAAGGCCUGGAGAUCGAACUGCAGUCCCAACUGGCCCUGAAACAAUCCCUGGAAGCCUCCUUGGCAGAAACAGAAGGCCGCUACUGCGUACAGCUCUCCCAGAUCCAGGCCCAGAUCUCCGCGCUGGAAGAACAGCUGCAACAGAUUCGGGCUGAAACCGAGUGCCAGAACUCUGAAUACCAAGUACUCUUGGACAUCAAGAUCCGACUGGAGAAUGAAAUUCAGACCUACCGCAGCCUGCUAGAAGGAGAGGGAAGUGGUGGCGGCCACGGCGGCGGACGCGGCGGCGGAAGUUACGGCGGCAGCCAUGGCGGCAGUUCCGGUGGCGGCCAUGGGGGCGGAAGUUACGGCGGCAGCCAUGGCGGCAGUUCCGGUGGCGGCCAUGGUGGCGGAAGUUUCGGCGGCAGCCAUGGCGGCAGUUCCGGUGGCGGCCAUGGAGGCGGAAGUUUCGGCGGCAGCCACAGUGGUGGCCACGGAGGCAGUUCCGGCGGAGGCCACAGCGGUAGCUUCGGCGGCGGCAGCUCUGGCGGCGGCAGCUCCGGCGGAGGACAGGGCGGAAGUGGAGGCUUCAAGUCCUCCUCUUCCGGUUCCCCUGGCGAAUCAUCUAAGGGACCAAGAUACUAGCAAAGCCAGAUUGAUCAAGACAAUUAUUGAAGAGGUGACACCUGAUGGUAGAGUGCUUUCAUCUAUGGUUGAAUCAGAAACCAAGAAACACUACUACUGAGCUGAAUUAAAAGCAGGUCUCUUCACAGGCCAUUAUAUACAGAGGCAUGAAAAAUGAAAUGUCCAGAAAACACUUCUGUCUUAACGGUCUAUGAAAACAGGUUCACCCCUUGAAAAUAAGGUGUCUAACAGGUGUUUUAUGAUUUCUGUAUUUCUUCUCUCCACUUUAUCAGAAAGUGUUCUUUCAUGAAAAAAAAGAA